AAUCAGAGCGCUGACUGGCAGCCCUACAGGUCCGACCGGGUCCUGUUCUCAGGUCACAUGACCUUUCUGGAUAUCAAGGUGUGGUGAUGUGACGGAUGUCAGUCAGAUGAAGACAGACAGCAGCAGCAUCUGUCAGUGUCUGCUGAUGAAGGGACGACGUCUCUUUGACCUCAUCUGAACGGGACUUUAACAGGAAGCCACGAUGACGGCAGUGGAUCUUUUCAACACUUUGGAGAAUUUAAAGGAAGAGGAAUUUAUGACAUUCAAAUGGUAUCUACAGCAAGAAGUCCUGGAAGGCUUCCAACCCAUCAAAGUGUCCAAGCUGGAGAAGGCAGAAAUGCAGGACACGGUGGAUGUGAUGGUGAACACCUAUCGGCUAGAGGGAGCUCUGACGGUGACCAAGAAGGUUUUAGAGAACAUCAGCAGGAAUGAUCUGGUCCAGAGUCUGCCAGACACCGACUCAGGACCACAAGUUCUGGCUGCAGCCAGCAAUGUGCCUGAAGGAGAACAUUUAGCUCAUCUGACCACGUCAGGUCUGAAAAGACAUCAGCUGAUCGACCCUGUAGAGAACCUGGAAGGCAGGAUGUGUAGGAAGCACGAUAAACCUCUGGAGCUGUUCUGUAAGACCGACCAGACAUGUGUCUGCAUGCUCUGCACUGUUUUAGACCACAAGACGCAUGAUGUUGUUCCUCUGAAAGAAGAACAUGAAGGAAAGAAGGCAGAUCUGGGGAAGACUGGGGCUGGAAUUCAGCAGAUGAUCCAGAAGAGACGACUGAAGAUUCAGGAGAUCAAACACUCAGUGGACCUCAGUGAGGAAGCUGCAGACAGAGAGAUAGCAGAAGGUGUUCAGGUCUUCACUUCUCUGAAGGAGUCUGUUGAGAGAGGCCUGAAUGAGCUCAUCAACACCAUCAAAGAGAAGCAGAAAACAAGAGAAAAACAGGCCGAAGCUUUCAUCACAGAGCUGGAACAGGAAAUCUCUGAGCUGAUGAAGAGAAGCACUGAGGUGGAGCAGAUGUUACGCUCUGAAGACCACCUCCAUCUUCUCCAGAGGGUCCAGUCCCUAAACAUCCAACCACCUCCACCCACCAAGGACUGGACAGAGGUCAGCGUCCGUCCAUCAUCAUAUGAGGGGACUGUGGUGAAAGCUGUGGUUCAGCUGGAGGAGACAAUCAGUAAAGAGAUGAAGAGGCUGCUUGAAGCCGAGCUGAAGAGGGUCCAGCAGUAUGCAGUGGAUGUGACUCUUGAUCCUGAUACAGCACAUCCUAAUCUCAUCCUGUGUGAUGAUGGGAAACAAGUGAAUCAUAGUGAUGUGAAGAAGAAUCUCCCAGACAACCCAGAGAGAUUUUCUUAUUGUGUUUUUCUUUUAGCAAAAAAGAGUUUCUCUUCAGGCAGAUUUUACUUUGAGGUUCAAGUUAAAGAAAGACUAAAUGGACUUUAGGAG